GCUACCGCGCAUGCUUACGUAAUUACAACUCUUAUUUGUUAGCCUAUAGCGCAUGCGCAGUUUGGACAACACCAGGAUGAAAAACUCAUGUAAACACGACGCCUUCUCAUUGCGUUUUGAAACCUCGUAAAGGCUAGACACUUAAGAAGUUCAGUUUUAACAAAAACAGACGGAAGAUUGAAAGAUUGAUUUAAAUUGAAAGACGGUUUUACUGAUUGUUGAAGGUAAUAUCCUGUGAAAAAGAUGUCUGCUUGCAGUUUUUGGAUGUAUAAAGACAAAGGAAAUAUGAUUAUUAAAUUUCUUAAUGGAGGCUUUCAAAGGGUGCAAAGAAUUAAUAUAAAACGGGAAGGAGAUGAUGCAAUGAUAGAAUUGCAAGAAACAGAUUACCAUGAAGAAAGAAAAGACAAUAAGCUGGUAUUGACGAUGUAUAGAGGAGCUAUCCAAUGUAUUGCACAGCUUGCCAUAGCACUGCUUGAUAUGGAAGGAAAGCAAAAAUUAUUUGUAGUUGACAAUGUCAACAUUGCCUGUGCUCACAAGUAUACCAACAAAGAAAGUAAAUUUUCCCUCCAUACACAUAAUAGUGACAAAGUUGCAGCAUAUAUUAAGUCAAUUAUCAGCAGACCUCUUAUCGAAACUAACAUUCAGCUCUUCUGUUGUGGAGAAGUACAUGAAAAAAGUAGAAGCGAAUACUUAAAAUUUUCAAGAAAUUAUGUAAAUGAAAACUGCACAUCCAACAAUGAUUUUCUGAAAGAAGCUCUUCUAUUUCCACCACCAAUUGUAAAUGAAGAGAUUUCCAGCUUUGCAUUUCGACUAAAGUCAAUUCUAAGCGAAAUUGGUCACGUGUUUGUGAUUUUCACACAUUACAAUACCAUGGACAAUCUAAGAUUUUUGAAUUUAAAUACUGAUGCUGAUGAUGCUCCAGAAUUCAAACAUAGAAUUUUACUACUUCAUCCAACUGGAAAUACCUUCGUCAAUAUAAGAUACACUGAAGCUACCAGUGCGUCAAUCGUUCAAGAAGAAUUUCAAAAAGGUGAGGUAGAUAUCACACAUUUGUUUGCAAUCAAUCGACAAUUUAUAUCGGAUAGUAAAUCCAGAUUUAUAAAUGUCGUAGCUGCACCAAAUUUUCAAAACAUAGAGAACAUUGACGUCUGUGCAAAUUGUCAAUUGUUAGAUCAGUCUAUUUUCCCAGGCAACACAGAGGUUCGAAAUUUCCUUCUUUUUCUUGGAUUAUCAAGACAGGAUCUUGAUCAGAAAAGCAAAGAGCAGUAUAUGAACAUUGUAGGUCAAGCAAUGUGUUUCAUGGCUAGCAUGGAGACUAUAAACACUGUUCCAACAAUCAAAGAUGACAUUCAUGAGAAAGUAAGUACUGUCCUGUUGUCGUCAGAACAAUUACAUAUUUUGUUUGACGAAUCUAAAAAGAAAAUUAUUGUUGGACCAUUGGGAAGUGGUAAAUCGCUUCUUGCUUUAUCUCAUCUAAAACAUCUUUACUAUUGUUGUGGAGGAAAAUGUAUGAUAUAUUAUGUUAUAUGGAGUGACAAAACAAUACUGCUGAAAGCUGUCGAAGAAUUCGUCUCAAAAUUUCAAUGCAACAAAAAUAUCACUUUGAAAGUAAUAAAUAUGAUUGAAUUGGCAAAAGAGCUCAAUCUCUCUAAACUUCCAACAGUAUCACAAUUAUUACUGUUGCUGCUAAGAAAACAUGGUGCCAUGCCUUUUCAUUUUAUAAGUGACGAAGUAGAUGGUGAGAUGUUUGACAAUCAAGAAGCUUUAUCGUUAAAGCAGAUUUUAGAAAGGGAAGAAGCUUUACAAAAUUCUCUGAUCGUGUUGUUUCUGCAGUCUUUGGAAAAGCACAGGAGAUUGGUUAAAUCUGGAAAAUCAAAAGACCAUGAUAAAUACAAAUACGAAGAAACUGGUAUGCGUGUGUUUCAUCUCAAUAAAGGAAUGCGAACAACGAAGAAAAUUUUUAACUUUUUAGUAGAAUUUGAGAAGCGAAUUUCCGGAAUUGAAUCAGUUAUCAAACACCCUGUUAAAGGCAGUGCUUGUAUAACAUCAAUCAAGAAAUCUGCAGCGACAAGUUCUGUCAAAAAAUUAACUCGUUUUAGUGUCCAAGAAGUCGAACGAAAACUUGAAGAAAGUAAAGAGAAUUUUGAAAAAAAGCCUAUGGAUAUAGAGGAAAUUGCAGCUAUCUCCAAAUACCCAGAUGUCUCUGAUGAUAUCAAAACCUUGACCAAAGUGAAAUGCAACUCUGCGCAAGAAGUUGGACAUAACAUUGUAGGUACAAAGCCCAUACUGAUACAUCUUAAUUAUGAAAAUGAAACAGAAGAAAAAAGUAUUGUCAUGUUAGCUCUCUCGUUGGAAUACUACCUAGAUCGUGUUAAUAUUAAACGUUUGUUUUUUCAUAACACUGUGGAACAAAUGAUCACGUUUCGAAGGGUUCUGGAUUUAAUUAGAAAAAAAUAUUUUGUUUAUAACAAACAAACUGAAUGGACCAUCAUCGACCACAACAACGAAGUUACCAAUUUUCCAAAAAACAAAGGUUAUGAUCUAAUAACUAAUCUAGAAGGUAGUAGAGGAACAGAAUUUUGUGAAACCGUAUGCUGUAUUGACGUAAAUGACACUAUGUUGCGACACAAGACGUUAGAAGGAAUGUCCAGAGUAACUGAACGCCUGAUAAUUGUUUCCACAUGUAACAUACAGUCUGCUACUACAAAUUCAUCAACUGGACAUAUCAUUAAAGAUCUGUUACCAGAGUACCUGAAUGAAGUUUCUGUUGAAUGUUGCAGGAAUUCGAACGAAAAUUACAUUGAAACGCAAGUUAAUGACCAAAAAUCAAUAGGUUAUGUGAACACAAAUUCGCGCAGAUAUAAAGACCUCAUGGAACGGAUAAAGAAAAUCGAAUAUGAAAAAGAUGAGUCGGACAAGCCUGAUUUUGCUCAAAUCAUACGUACAAGCUUUCAACCACCAACAAUUAACGCGAGCUGCAUUUUUACAAACGACAAUUCAUGUACAAUUAGUUGGAAUGAUGAAGGAUAUGGUUACGUAAUUGAAAUGGAAAACGAAAGAUCACAAUGGCAGAACGUAGAAGGUAUGACCACACAUGGUAGAUGUGUUAUCAAUAAUUUAGUUGUUGGAAAGACAUACAAAUUUCGUGUUGCAGCCAGUAAUAACUUUGGUGAAUCAGAAAUUAUAUUAUCCUAUCCACAUUCCGUUGUUACUUUUCAAGAUAUCGUGGAAAUUAUUGAAUCUAACGAUAUCGAGAAACUGAAAAAUUUACUAUCCAUUCAUCCAAACAUCGUUCACAUGAGAGGUGAAAAUGAUUACACACCAUUGUUGUGGACAGUAUGUUACACCAACAAUACAUCAAUGGUGGAAAUACUCAUCUCAUAUGGGAGUGAUGUUUGGGCGGAAGAUGGAUGGCAACGAAACAGUUAUCAUUUCGCUGCAUUUCAUGAUCGUCACUCAAUAUUAGAUAUGUUAUGUCAACAUGAUGUAACAAACAUCAACCGUGUAGAUGUUGACAACCGCACACCAUUACAUUUUGCUGCAAUUGAUGGUCACAUCUCAUGUGUUGAUGUUUUGUUGCGUCAUGAAAAUAUUGAUGUGACGAUCAAAGAUGAAUAUGGAGACACAGCUUAUGAUUGGGCUGGAGAAUUGGAUGAACAAGAGCGGGAAAUAAUAAGACGAAAAAUAAAAGAAUACGAAGAUGGAAAAAGAAAAUAAACAUCUUAAGAAAUUGUUUAAUUUGUAAAGAAACAAUCGCUCCACAAGAUGUCGAAGAAAAAUUGCGGCUGGAGUUAUUUAAUAUAUUAUUGUAGAUUAUUAUUAUUAUAUAUUUAUUCUAUAUAUAAAUUAUUGUAAAUAUAAAUCCAUGUUAUUUUUCGAAAUUUAUUAUUUCUUCUUAUUAAAUAUUUUUAUUAUUAUUAGAAGAAAUUUUAUAAGAACAAUGAAGCAGGAAGUGGCUAAGAAAUAAAAAAAAGUUCUUUUUUCACAACAAAACGUGAAGAAAAACUUCUUUCAAUGCGGAAAACAAUUUGAUCGAUUUAUUUUCAUAGGGAAAGAUACAUGUUUAAAAUUUUAAAGUCACGUGGUUUGACUGCAUACAAAUUGUCCCGUGUCCAACACUUCGAGAAAAAAUUAAUCAUUUAAUUUAGAAGUAGAGCAGUAUAAUUUUAUAUUAUAGUAUGAGAGAUAAAAUAAAUUAAUAAUUAUAAAACUGAAAUAUUUUUACGAGUUUUAUCAACCUCGUCCCCGGGACAUCGUUAAAAAACCAAUGCACUAUUUUUAUAUAAGAACCCACCUUAUAAAAUCAAUAAAGCUUAGAUUGUGUAAAUGGAAAACAAUAAGAACAAGGAGUGUAUUACGUCACUUUCAUAGUGUGGUUUCGCUGCGUUAGAUAUGUAUCGUUUAAAAUUUUCAAAAAAAUUACUAAAGGCAGAGUUACACUUGCGCGAUAUUAAUAAAAAUUUCGAUUUUUCAAAAAUCGUUUUGUGUAUCAUAGUUAAAAAUAAAAUAUUCUUCUUGAUGAAAACAAAAAAUCAUUUCUUAUUAGUAUAACUUUUAAUUUAUUCCAAAAUACUCAAAUUAAACACUCAAAAAUAUUUUAAAUACAUACGACAAUAAAUUACACGAGCAAGAUUAUUUUGGUUAUAAAAGUGUAACUUUUUAAAAGAUUCCUUUCGUUAACUUUUCUAAUGAAUAAAGUUCCUAAAAUUGUUGUUUUUAUUCUUGUUUGGAAUUAUGUUGGCAGUGCCAAAGUUUUUAACUGAAAUAACAUAAACACAAUUCUAUCACACUUGUUAAUAAUUGGCAGUGGGAAAUAAAAUUUAUUUCAAUGUUACGUUGUUUGAUUACAUCCUUUAUCACAAUAAUUCGAUAAAAUGCGGCCUCGGAUUUUGUUGAAGAAAAAAACAAUAAUAAUGUAAUGCUGUUUAAACUGUCUCAUACCAAGAAAGGAUUGCUUUUGAUAGCGUUUCAUAUCUUCGGAUUGUUCGUGAACACAAUGCAGGUCCGUUAACAACAAAUAAUUUUUUUUCAUAAAAACAAAUUGUUUUUUGAAUAGGGCUCAGUAAAUCCAAAAAGACAAAGAAACUAGUUUUUAAAAUAGAAAAGAAAAAUUGAAAAUAAAUACCUUUUUCUUGUCUUUUUGUUUUUUUUUGUUUUGUUUUAAGACAAAGGGUUAAAAAAUAAUUUUGCAUUAAAGCGUUAGAAUUUUCGCACCUAAUAAUUUUCUCGCUUAUUAUUUUUUGUGCAAUUUUUUUCUGCUCAAAUAGUUUUAGUAUUAGUAGUAUUCAUUAAUAUUUACACAAGUUUAAAUUUAUUUAAGUAUUAUGUGACCUAAUAUUUUUUAACUAUAAGUAUAGAAUUUUAUUUUUUAUAUAUCACCUGAAGAUGUUAUUGUGUCAAGCUUUGUGAAAUAAAUGAAUUUUUAUUGUA